AUGGUUCCUGCCUUGAAAACAAAAAUCACACAAGAAGUGGCUGAUGGAGUUGAAGCUGAAAAGAGGAGCCGCAGUAUUGUGAUCACUGGUUUAGCGGAAUUGGCCGCUGAUAGAUCUUUGAUAGAAAGACAGAGGGGCCUCGAAGAAAAAAUCGCCAAUGUCCUAGACGCGCUUGAAGUUGACUGCCUGCCCAAAGUAGCUUAUAGGUUGGGAAAGCUCAACGGUAACAAGCCACGUCUUGUUAAAGUUGUACUCCCUUCUCGUUCCCACUGGACUAAGGCUCUGUCAAGAUCGCACCUCCAACGCCGCACAAGUCUUUCGAACAUAUUUGUACGUAAAAGCAUGACGGCGGAAGAACGAAAACGGGAUUAUGAGUUGAGGCACGAGGCUCGUCUAAGAAAUGAACGGUCAUCUACACUGAAGUUCCUAACAUUUGGAAAGAGGCUUCCUUUCGAGCAACACGGCUUCCAAUCUAGAUCCUCCACUACUUUGCUAUUAUUGUCUGAUUCGGUCUAUGAUUGGAUGACAGAAGUAAACAAAGGGAAAAAAUUUCUCAGCCCUAAUACUUCCGUUGGUGGCAAGACUGAUAUGCAGUGUGCGUUAUACUUGAGCGCAUUAAUACUGCAAUCAUGGGCUUUGGACUUGAUUUACCUACACGAUGGUUCUCCACUCUUUGGAGAGGAAGUGCUUUCACCGAAUGGAAAGCGUCUUACACAAUUUCUAGGAGUUCCUUUUGCCGAACCACCAGUAGGAAACCUGAGGUUUCGUAAGCCAAAGCCAAAACAUCCAUGGAGAACGCCGUUGAACGCCACCAUUCUGCCGAACUCUUGCAUUCAGAGUUUCGACACGUACUUUGGUGAUUUUUAUGGAUCAACAAUGUGGAAUGCGAAUACACCGAUGUCUGAGGACUGUCUUUACAUGAACAUUUAUGUACCAGGAAAAAUUGACCAGUCUAAGAGACUUGCUGUAUUAGUUUGGGUGUAUGGAGGAGGAUUUUGGUCUGGAACGUCUACGUUAGAUGUGUACGACGGCAGAAUACUUCCAGUAGAGGAAAAUGUCGUUCUCGUGUCCAUGAACUACCGCGUAUCAAUGUUGGGAUUUUUGUAUUUGGGAAGACGCGAGGCACCCGGUAACAUGGGACUUUGGGAUCAACAGGUUGCUCUGAAAUGGGUACACAAAAACAUCGACGUAUUUGGAGGAGAUCCGAGUAGAAUUACCCUUUUUGGAGAGUCAGCUGGAGCCGCUUCAGUUAAUAUGCAUAUGUUAAGCGCACGAAGUACGCCUUACUUCCAGAGAGCCAUUUUACAAUCCGGAGCAGCAACGGCUCCAUGGGCUAUCGAGCCACGCGAUGUUGCUUUAGCACGUACCGUGGUCAUCUACAACGCGAUGAAGUGCGGGAACAUGAGUCUACAAAACCCUGACUACGACAAAAUUCUUUCCUGCUUCCAAAAAGCGGAUGCUGAUCUCAUUAGAGAAAACGAGUGGGCUCCAGUCCGAGAGUUUGCCGACUUUCCUUGGGUUCCAGUCGUAGACGGUGACUUUCUAGUGGAGAGCGCCCAAAUCUCAUUACGGCAAGGCAAUUUCAAACACACGCAAUUCUUUCUGAACAAGGGAUAUAUGGUCGAAAUUGCGCUUUGUAAGUGGAACACGAAUACUAAUGACAUCACGAGUGCGGAUGAAAUUAAGAACAUUUUCCCUGUGCAAGACUUUUUUACGAAAAAAGAUUUCGUUCCCGACAGACAUACAUGGUUGAAGGCAAUAUCAGAUCUUCUUCCGCGGCAAAUGAUCAAAAGUCAGUUGGCUUUGGCGGCAAUCUUACACGAGUACGAGCCGGCUGAUUUACCGGUUAGACCACAUGACUGGAUGGAUUCUAUGGAGAAGAUGCUUGGGGACUAUCAUUUCACUUGCAACGUAAACGAAAUGGCGUUAGCUCAUACAAAGCAUGGCGGUGACACUUACUACUACUACUUCACACACAGAGCAACAGCGCAGACAUGGCCAGAGUGGAUGGGUUGUCUGCAUGGUUACGAAAUAAACUUUAUUUUUGGUGAACCUUACAACAAGAAGUUCAAUUAUACGACCGAAGAGCAAGAAUUAAGUAGUAGGUUUAUGCGAUACUGGGCAAACUUCGCGAAAACAGGCGAUCCCAAUAAGAAUGAAGAUGGAACGUACACACUAGAUGUCUGGCCAAAAUAUAACGCACAAUCUAUGGAGUAUAUGAACCUGACCGUAGAGUCAGCGUAUCCUAGCAGCAGGCGAACGGGUCACGGACCUCGGCGAAAGAACUGCGCAUUCUGGAAGGCGUAUCUGCCCAACCUCAUGACUGCCGUAGCCGAGGUGGGUGAUCCUUUCUUACUCUGGAAACAACAGAUGGACAAAUGGCAGAACGAAUACAUUACUGACUGGCAGUAUCAUUUUGAACAGUAUAAGAAAUAUCAAACAUAUCGUCACUCAGACGAUUCCUGUGGAGCUCCGUAA